ACACUUGCUCCUGCACACCUGACAUCAUUUCCAAGCUUCUAGACCUCACACCAUGGUUCACUUCACAGCUGAGGAGAAGGUGGCUAUCACAAGCAUCUGGGAUAAAGUGGACUUGGAAAAAGUUGGAGGAGAAACCCUGGGAAGGCUCCUGAUUGUUUACCCAUGGACUCAGAGAUUCUUUGACAAAUUUGGAAACCUCUCUUCAGCCCCGGCCAUCAUGGGAAACCCCCGGAUCAGAGCCCAUGGCAAGAAAGUGCUGACAUCCCUAGGCUUGGCCGUUAAGAACAUGGACAACCUCAAGGAGACCUUUGCUCAUCUCAGUGAGCUGCACUGUGACAAGCUUCAUGUGGAUCCUGAAAACUUCAAGCUCCUGGGUAACAUGCUGGUGAUUGUUCUUUCUUCUUACUUUGGCAAGGAAUUCACAGCUGAGGUGCAGGCUGCCUGGCAGAAGCUGGUGGCUGGGGUGGCCACUGCUCUGUCCCACAAGUACCACUGA